UUCACAAAGCGCGUAAGCUUGUAAUAAGACAUCCAAACCUUAGUUGAAGAAAUACGUUGAUGCCGCAAAAAAGGUCAAGCGAAGAGUUCAAAUUCCAGAAUUUUCUCUGCUGUGGGGGAAGGACUGCAGUGACGCUUGUCAGUCAGGAAGACACGCACAAACCUAUUCUGCUGCCUCACCUUCAACCAGUUGUUCUUGGUCGUGGGCCAGAAACCACUAUUAAAGACAAAAAAUGCUCCAGGGAACAAGUUGUGUUGAAAGCAGACUGCAGCAAAGGAUUUGUCAAAGUUAAACAGCUUGGUGGAAACCCUACCUCCAUAGACUCUGUGGUGGUGGGUCAGGGAAAGGAGGUUAAAAUGAAGCCUGGUCAAUUACUCUGCCUUGUCAAUGAGCUGUAUCCAUACACUGUCCAGUUCAAGGAUGAUCCCGAAAGUGGCUUCAGUCAUUGUAAGAGACCACGUGAUGUGUCUUCAAAGGAUAAAUGUCUUCCAGAGGCUCCCACUGUAAAAGCAAGCAAAAAGACAGAACAAUUGCUUGAUUCUAUCAGAGCAGGAGAGUCAAGGGCAAUCACCGAAACCAUUGGACAUUGGAGCCAAGGACUGAAGGCUUCAAUGCAAGACCCCAGUAUGCAGGUGUAUAAAGAUGAUAAAGUAGUGGUAAUUAAGGACAAAUACCCCAAGGCACGUUACCAUUGGCUGGUCCUUCCAUGGAUAUCCAUUCCUAGCUUGAAGGCCCUGCGUGAUGAGCACUGUGGACUGGUCAAGCACAUGCAGCAAGUAGCUGAGCAGAUGGUUCAUCAGUGCCCACAAGCAAGCACUUUGGACUUUUGCAUGGGGUAUCAUGCCAUCCCCAGUAUGAGUCACGUGCACCUUCACGUCAUCAGCCAAGACUUUGAUUCUCCUUGCUUGAAGAACAAAAAGCACUGGAACUCGUUCACUACAGACUAUUUUAUCAAGUCUCAAGAUGUCAUCCGUAUGCUUGAAACCGAUGGAAAGGUAACAGUCAAAGAAGGCACCAGUGACUUGUUGAAGCUACCUCUGCGUUGCCACGUGUGUCAUAAAGAACUUGGCACAAUACCAGCACUAAAACAACACCUAAAGUGCCAUUUCCCAGCUGAGAGUAUGAACUCAAAUGCAAUAUAGGACUUCAUUUAAUUAUACAUUAAAUAUGAGACACCUGUGUUUUCCUGUCAACCAGUCCACUUCACCAGUGAUCAGUGAAGUUAAAUGGUAUAGAAAAUGGAUGGAUCAAAUGUCAUACAAUACAUUUUUCUUAUUGUAGACAUUUAGUUAAGGAUCGUGGCACAGUGGUCCACAUGCAGUACCUUUUUCUUUUUUGCAUUUCAAUGCUUUUGGAUUGUUUUGUAAAAUUCAGUUAAUUGUGAUUAUGCCACAGGCUUCUGGUUUUUAAGGAUUAAGCUUUGUUUCAUUGUGUCUGUCCAUUCAAUCAUUCAUUCAUCCAUCUUCCAUUCCACUUUUCACUAUGGUCCUGGACGUACUGGAGCCUUACCUAACUAUCUUUGACCGAGAGGCUGGGUAUGCCCUGAACUGGUUGCCACCCAAUCACAGGGCACAAUAAACAAACGGUCCUCCCCAUGCAAAAUGAUAAAAGUUUUCAAAAGAUUACUAAAAAUACCGAAUAAUUUGCUGUAUGUUGUAAGUAUUAGUAUUUAAGGAAAUUCAGCCGUGUUGUUACAAGUUAAAUGUGGACCGAUAGACACAUGCUUAGUUUACCUUUUGUUAGUUCAUGCUUACUUUUUGGUCAAAACCAUCCUUACCGUUUGGAACAGCCUCCUUGAAAAAAUAUUUUACAUGGGUUACAUGUUUUUGUUGUUGUUAUUGAUCAACAAGGAGGGUGGAGUUAAUUAUUACUUUCUCCUUUUUUUUCAAGCUAUUGUUUGUAUUUUAGUGGGUUUUAGAACUAUGGUCAUAAUUUUUUUUUUCCAUUUUAUUUAUUUCUUUUUUGAUCAGCUGAAUAACAGCCCGUUUCAGCCUGUUUAUUUGCAAUAACUGUGAUUGGCUGGUAAUGAAUUCAGGGUGUACCCCACCUCUUUCCCAAAGAUAGCUGGGAUAGGCUCCAGCACGUCCGCGACCCUGGUGAGGAUAAAGUGUACAGAAAAUGCAUGGAUGGAUAGGGUUUGUAAUAAAUCAUUUCAUUUUGUCUUA